AUGACCGGAACACUCCAAAAAUGCCUCAAUGACCUGUAUGAAUGGUGCUUCGAAACCGGUUUCAUUUUUUCACCUCAAAAGACAAAAUGUAUUUUAUUUUCGAAUAAAAGAAAACUAAUUAAACCAAAACUCUUUCUUGGAACAUCUCGUUUACCCUUCGUUGAAGACAUUUCAAUACUUGGUCUCACUUUCGAUAAAAAGCUUUCUUGGAAAUCCCAUAUUAUGUCACUCAAAAAAAAUUCAUAUAAAAGCCUUAAUGUCAUCAAAUCAUUAAGUCAUUGUGAAUGGGGUGCUGAAGGAACCAUAUUAUUAAAUGUAUAUAGAUCGCUUGUAAGAUCCAAACUCGAUAAUGGUUCAAUUUGUUACGGAAACUCAGAAUCAAAGCUCUUACAAAUUCUCGAUACAAUCCACAAUGCCGGACUGAGAUUUUCAAUUGGUGCAUUCAAAAGCAGCCCGAUUGUUAGUUUGUUAUCCCUGACUGGUGAACCCUCACUUCAGCACCGAAGAACUAAAUUAUCUCUUAAUUAUAUAGCUCGCAUCUUUUCUUCCCCGGAAAAUUCAACCAUUCACUUUUUAAACAAAAAGCGCUUUUCAAAUAUAUAUGAACACAAUUCUAAACUAAGAAAACCAUUAGGGCUAAGGCUACAAAAAGAGAUGAUGGAUAUCAACAUUGAAAUUAAUGAAAUAUGUCAACACGAAAGCAGUUUGAUACCCACCUGGAAACAACCAAAUUACCUAGUUGAUACAAGCUUAACAGAACACCUUAGGAAAGAAACACCAAAUACUAUUUAUAAUAACCUAUUUAAUGAACUAAUACACACUUCAAAUACCAGCACUCAGAUCUAUACUGAUGCAUCUAAAACCGAAAUGGGCAUAGGACUUGCAGUUGUACACCUCAAUGUAACUAAACAGUAUAAACUCAAUAAAUUAAGCAGUAUUUAUUCAGCUGAAUACCUAGCAUUAUUGAAAGGAUUUCAAUUUGCCCUAGAUAUCAAUAAUGCUAAAAUCGAUAUUUGCUCGGACUCACUUAGUGCCUUAGCAAAUCUACAAUCCAAAACCUUAUCAGAACCAUUGGCUCUUUCAAUCAGCAACCUUCUUUCCAAAUCGAAUAAAGAAAUCAGAUUUAUAUGGACCCCAGGUCACUGUAACAUAAAGGGAAAUGAGAAGGCAGACGAAGCGGCUAGAAAUGCAGUCAACAGUCCAGACAGUGAAAAUAUUCCUUUUUCCUCACUUGUGGAUAUAAAAAGAAAUAUAAGCAAAUACUGUAUUGAUUUGUGGAACUCACAGUGGCACAUGACCACGGAAAAUAAAUUAAGGGAAAUUAAGCACUCUGUUGAACUCUGGCCAAGAUACACUGAACUAAACAGAAAAAAUGAAGUUAUUCUCAAUCGACUUAGAAUCGGUCACACGAAACUCACACACGGACAUCAUAAUUUUAGUUCACAGUUCAAAAUAUUAUAA